GUAGGUGUAAGUUCGGGUAUAACGUUGCCUUGACUGUCGCUGGAUUUGCAACGUUUGGAUGACGCUUUACUGAAUUGUCUGCUUGAGAGUGAAUAGCCAGCAUGAAAACCAGAUCUAGUAGCAGAGGCAGAGGGGAAAGCUGUUCACUCAAGAGGACGAAUGAAUCAAGACGAAGUGCAUCAGACAUCAGUCAAAGUGCACAGCAUGGACAUCUCCACAGCGAGUUUACGAAGAUGAUCAGGGUUUUCACACUGGUUGUUACUUCUAGCAUCGUGCCUGCACCACCACCCUUGUACAUCUUCCUAACAGAACUCGCGACUAACGUCAUUUCCAUGAGUGUAAAAGACAAGAUAAGGAAGAUAAUUAACUUCUUGCAAAAAAAACUGCUGCUGAACUUUAUGCAAAUAAGCUAUUAUACUCCAAGGAAAAAAAAUUACAUCAUCAUUAAAUAUAGUGAUAAUAAAUUUCUGCCACCAUCUGCAGUUCUGAAAAUAUCAUUAUACAUUAAAUAA